AUGUAUCCUUAUCUUACUAUUGGUGUAGCACAUGGUUCACUUGAUCUGUCCAAACCCGAUUCAAAUCGAACACAUGAAGAAUCGUUGGAUACAAACACCACGUUAUUUCAGUCAAAAGAUCAAGAUAUAGAGCAACAAAAAUGUCAUGUUACUGAUGAUAAGGCUUGCGCUGUACCGGAACGCCAGAAAUUAUUGAAAGCUGAUAUACGACUUGUUGAAGUAGCAACAAAAAACCAUAUCAAUUCUCAGCUAGUUAAACGUCUACAACUACUGAAAAAUUUUAACAUAAUUGUUGUCUGCGCCGACUCAACAUCAAUGAAAACACGACUCGAUGAUAUGAAGUACAGUCGUUGGGAUGAACUGCGUUUGAUCGUUGAGAUAGUCAUCGAAGUGGGCAGCGUUUUUAACCCUAGUGGUAUUGAUGUGUAUUUCCUUAAUCGCCCAUCAUUACUUAAUGUUUCUGAUCUUGGACUUCUCGAUCAAGCAUUUGUUUCAGAGCCGCAUGGUUGUAAAUCGCUUACUUCUGUUCUGAAAAGCAUAUUCAAAGCGUACAAUGAUGAAACAAACAAUGAUAAAAAGAUGCUUGUCUUGGUAGCAAUAGGCGGAGAACCGAUCGAUGAUGAAGGUAAUAGCAAUGUAGCUACUCUGCAGCAUGUUAUGCAACACGAACGUCAAUCAGAUAAAAUUCACGUAGUAUUUCUCGCCUGUACUGACAACGAAUCGAGUGUUGCCUACUUGGAAGAAUGGGAUGAUAUUAUGCAGAAUAUCAGUAUUACUGAUGAUUAUCGAACAGAACGAGACUAUCAACAUCGACGUCAUGGAUCACAUUAUCCCUUCUCCUUUGGUGAUUAUGUUGCUACGGCAUUGCUCAAUGCCAUUGACUCGAAAGUUGAUGUGAGCAAGGAAAUCGACACUGGAAAUGACACGAGUUUAAAUAUUCGUAGAGUAGACACUUCAUGA